AUGACGUCAGCGUCGGAUCAGUGAACUAAAACAAUCAACCUCACUCCCCUGCUCCUGUUCCCAAACCGACCGCAGAGGCUCCGCUACAGAGACCCGGACUCAGCGGACCCGGGUCCAGCAGCUGCGUUGUUGUCAUCGAGCCCCGCUCCUCUCCUCUCCCCUCCAUCCAUCCAUCCAUCCCCCCUUCCUCCUCCGCAGCUCGGAUUGUCGGCGCGACCAUCCGGCACCGAUACAUCCAGCACCGACAGGAGCGGGAACGGCACCGUCUGUCCGACCAGAGGAACCAGCAUGUCAGCUGCUCAGCCCGGCGAGGAGCUCGGCUCGGACGGGAGGUGGUUCGGGGACGACAGUGAGCCGAACGGCCUGUUCGGAAACACGGCGGCCAGGUUCGGGGAGCCGAGAGGCGGCGUCGACGCGACGGCCGACCUGGAUCACCAACAAUUUCAUCCUUUCCAGGAGGACGGGAAAAGGCCUUCCGUUGCUAUGGAAACUGCAUCUACAGGUGAUCCUAUGUCUGGCCUGUUUAGGAAACCCAUGAAUGACGACGGCGACGUGUACACCUCGCUGAUGUCCAAUCAGGCCUCCUACCUACCGGACGACCUGAAGCCCUCCAACGCCCUGGGCGACUUCACCGGCGACGCCUACAGCUUCACCUCCAAAACCAAAACCGCUUCCAAUUUACCCGACGACACCCCGAAGGCCCUGCUGGGCUCCGACAAGACGGAAUCCUACAACUACAUGGAUAUCAGCCAUGGGGAGGAGCGCCAAGGCAGCCGGGCCUCCGCUGAUCUCGACCUGGUGGGGAGGUACAUCGAUAACAACCCCGAAGGAGACGAGGAAGAUGAGGAGGAGGAGAACCUGGGUCCGGCGCUCGGCUCCCACUCCUUCCCCUACGUGGAGGAUCCGUCUGAUGAGGAGCUGAACGACUACCGCUCCUACCGGAACCUGGGCGGCACCCCGCAGACGGCCAGCCCGGUGAAGAUCACCCUGACCGGGUCGUCUAAAGCCGAGCCGCAGCAGCUGCCCCCGUCGGUCGGUGUGUCGGAGCGUGAAAACGUCCUGAGCGUGGGUCAGCAGGGCGUUCCCACGGUAACCCUGUCUGAGCCAGAGGACGACAGCCCCGCCUCCACGCCCAACGCUUCACCAACAAGGAAACAGUUUUCAUCUGAUGACAUGUUCAAGGUUGAAUCCGGAAAGCCUGCAGCUUCCAGAAACAACGCGGGCCCAAAACCCAGGAGCCGGGAUCACGAGGGCAGCAGCGCCGAGUCCGGAGACUCGGAGAUCGAGCUGGUCUCCGAAGAGCCUCCUAAGCUGCGCAGCAACCCAUUUACUGAGGCUCCGAAGAACAAGGCGACCAGCAACCCCUUCGACAACGCCCCGGUGGCCAAGGCCGGGCCGGGCCUCGCUGCCGGGCCUGCAGCCUACAGCAUCCUGAGGGAGGAGCGGGAAGCAGAGCUCGACAGCGACCUAAUCAUCGAGUCCGCCUCCGAGGAAAGCCCCAAGAGAGAGCAGGGCAUCGGCGGCCCCAAGCAGGGAGCCACCUCUCCGUCCCCUCUGGUCUACGCCGCCAGCCCUCCCCGCAGUCACCCUGAGGUGGCGCCGGUCCAGCCGCCGGCCGCCGAAAAGGCCAAGAGCCCCGUCAGAGCAGAGGAGGAUCCUCCCAGCAAGCCGAAGCCUCCGACCGCCACUGUGCCUCCGGAGGUGAGAUCAGAAAAGCCCCAGCAGGGCGACUUGCCGCCCCAGCAGGGCAAAGGAGAGCUGGGGAAAGCUGCUGUCGCCGCGCUGCUGCAGGGAUUCAGCAAGCAGAAAGCAAUCGACCUCCUCUACUGGAGGAACGUGAAGCAGUCCGGCGCCGUGUUCAGCAGCGUCCUGCUGCUCCUGUUCUCCCUGACCCAGUUCAGCGUGGUCAGUGUCGGAGCCUACCUGGCUCUGGCGGCGCUCUCCGCCUCCAUCAGCUUCAGGAUCUACAAGUCUGUGCUGCAGGCUGUGCAGAAGACCGAUGAGGGGCAUCCGUUCAAGGCUUAUCUGGAGAUGGAGAUCGCUCUGUCUCAGGACCAGAUCAGUAAGUACGCCGAUAAGAUCCUGCUGUACAGCAACACCUGCAUGAAGGAGCUCCGCAGGCUGUUCCUCGUUCAGGAUCUGGUGGAUUCUUUGAAGUUUGCAGUUCUGAUGUGGCUGCUGACCUAUGUGGGUGCACUCUUCAAUGGCCUGACACUGCUCAUCCUAGCUGUGGUGUCCAUGUUCACUUUGCCUGUGGUUUAUGAAAAACAUCAGGCGCAGAUUGAUCAAUACGUGGGACUAAUACGGACCCAGGUCAACUCUGUGGUGGGGAAGAUCCAGGCGAAGAUCCCCGGGGCCAAGAGGAAGGAGGAGUAAUCCUGUCCGUGUCACCUUGAAGCUGACGGUCCGGUCCAGCUCUGAGUCGGGCUCCCGGCUGAAGGGCCCGAUCAUCAUCUGUGGGGCGUAGUGCUUUGUCAUCUUGGUGUUCUCUAAAGCAUCCACUGGAGAAGCCUUCACCCUGUCUAUAGCAGUCCAACACUAACACACAGUCACAGUACGUGUAUAAUCCUGCUUCUAGGUAGACAACUACACAACUCAAAGACAAAAAAGAAACUGUUUGUGUUGCUUAUUAUGAAGUGCAUGAAGUCGAGCCUUGGGUAAAUAAUAUUUGAUAUCUUUUGUGCAGUUUUGAAAUCACGCUACAUUUUUGCUUUGCAGUGUUUAACCACAACUUGUAAUGGUUUGGCCCCAAGAGGCUGAAAGCCCACAGACUUCCUCCGCUGCCAGUGUUAAAUACUGCUUCAUGUCUCUGAGUUAGCAGUCGGGGCUUUUCUCAGUACGUCAAUAUAAUAUAUAAAUAAUAAUAAUUUCCUUUCGGUGUUUCCAAGCACAAGAUAAUUUACGAUAUGCGUGUUAGAUGUGGUAAUCGUAGGGGUUUUGCUCUUUGUAAUAAUCAUAAGGAACAACACACGCGCUCACAUUAGGUACUGUUGUACAAGUAUGAAGACAAGGUGAUAUUAAGCUUGUUUGAAUAACUGUCCAACUUUGUAUUUCGUUUAGCUAUACUCUGUAGUUCUUUAGACCCUGGACUCUAACUAUUUGCACUUACAGUAUGUAUUUAAUUACAGGAAUAAUGAACAAAUAAAUGUACCUUGAUGUAA